GCAACUGCCCCACCACGUUUCAUGCUUCCUUGACUACCAAGGGAACAUACAAAGAAACACAAGGCUGCCUGAGUGUCUCACUGCCUGAGGGAGUCCACUGGGCUCUCAGGAACUGGAAAGCACACUGUGCCCCAGGAGCCACGGGCUCUAACCUGAAGAACCCGACACAUAUUUUUCAGCUAAGCCAGGCUGGCUCCAUGGUUUCCUGCAUGGCAUGAGUUGGAAAAUAUGAGUUUUCCCUGACUUAACUGCUGAGUGGAUGAGAGCCAGACAGAGGACAACACUCACCAUGGAGCCUGGACCACUGCUCAUCAAGAACAUUGUAUGGAAGAGGUCAGUGUGCUAGCCAGAGAUAAAUCAUUUAUUACUAAACUACUUUUGUUCAAGUUCUUGUAAAUAGUAAAUGGCCAGACCGGGGAUCUUAAUUCAAUGUGAGCCACAAAGCAUAAAGGGACCAGUAAGUCCAGCCAGUGGAAACACUCCAAAGUUGAUAAACCUCUGUGGAAUAAGCUUACAUACAUGUGGCCAGUCCUUCCCAGCAGCAAGCUUAAUGAGGAAUUUGACGGGCCAAUAGAGGGCCUACUGGACCCAAACAGCUCUCCCAUGAAGAGGCCGGUGUGUAAGACACCAGAGCAGCGUGUUCCUGUGCGACUCCGAGUUCUAAGAAAUGGAGACAAGAAAAACAUCAGACUCCUGGUGAUUGGCUCAGACAUCUCACCUGGAUGGAAAUCACAAAAUGUUAAUGCUGAAAGGAAAGAGAAAAGCCGUGCCAUGAACUAUUCUGAAACAGAAAGAAGCCAGAUGGAAUUUCACCACCUUUUGGAGAGGUGCACCAAAAUUUUGAAUUUACCUUCUGCUGCUCGGAGACUUUUCAGUGAAAAAGGGAAGGAACAUUUCUCCCUGAAAGACCUACAGAGAGAUGACCUGGUAUAUGUUUCAUGUGGAGAACACUGGAUCAAUCCUGACCUCUCCAUUGCUCAACAAAGGAAGCAAGUCUUCCUAAGGAACCUGGAGUUUGACAUUUCCAAGAUUAAAACCUUUUGCAGCAUGCGCAAGGUGGAAGCUCUUGUUUUAGAAGUCCAAAGUGACCUUGUGUGCGGGGGCAAGCUUGCUGUGAAUAAACCUGUAGUAGAUUUUAAAGAGGAGAAACAAGUGAAAGGACCAGAGGGGAGGAAGAUAAAAAAUGCUGCUUUAAUAACAGGAGAUGCUCCCAGAGAGACUCUAGAUUCUCAUGCAAGAGCCCAUCUCCGCUUGGAAGCCUGUCGCAGGACGCUCAAGUAUGCUUGGCAGGACCCUUCGUACAACUUGGCUGCUGAUGGCAGCCUUCCAAAGAAAGCAGAGAAAGAGCUCUUUGAAAAUGUGCAGCCCCCAAAGAAACACAGCCAUGUCCCAAAGCAUAGCAGGUCGUGGAAGCUGAGUCAUCAGGAAUUUGAAUACAGAGAUGGGCAAAUCAUCAGUCUCUCUGCUCCUCAACUGGUCCUGGGGGUACUAGCCUCCAAACCCCGUUCAGGCUCAGAGGUCAUUUUGGUGGAAAAGAAAUCAGAUGAAAGUCACCAACACUGGACACACAAGGCAGACAGCAGGACCUUUCACCUGGAGAGUACCCCAGACCUUGUACUGGCAGUGUCUAUGACCAAAGCUAAAAAUGAAGCCCAUGGCUAUCCAGUUAUCAUUCAGAAAUAUAAACCGUACAGCAAUGGGGCUGCCAAUCAAAAGUGGGAUUACCUGGAAAAUAAGAGAGCAUUUAUAGCCUUUCACAGCACAGCCCUGGAUAAGGAAAUCACCGUGGCUAAUUUUUCUGGCCUUUGUACAUCAUCUGUCACUAAAGAAAACAUUGAUCAACCUGGAUACUGUUACCUCUCACCUGAAGGAAAGGGAAAACUCAUGCUCUGCCUGGCUUGCGGAAGGUCCAUGAUGGCAAAAAAGGAGCUGAAAGAGCCGCUUCCAAGGGCUCCAUUCUCCUGUGUUUCAGGCUCGGAGCAGAAGUCCUUGUCACCAGGGCCUUUCAAAGUCAUCAGUAUUGCCAAGGCUGAUUUAUCUUCUUCUGAAGCUGAAGACACUCUCAGAUAUUAUGAAAAGCGUCUGUCAUCUUUACGAAUGAAGACACACACAUGCACUGCAUCUCACUGUGGUGUGGUAGCUUCGUACCAGAAGGCGGUGAAAAUAACUGCAUACAAAAAUGGGGAUGGAUAUCGGAAUGGGAAGUUAAUUGUGGCCGGAACAUUCCAUGGGCUUCUUGCAGAAUGCACAGAACGACUUCAACUCAGCAGAGCCGCUUCCAAAAUCUACACCAGAGAUGGGACUCCCAUCCUUACCUUGCAUGGCCUGGUUCUGUGGGCCUUAGGUGAAAAACUCAUCCAGAGAGACCCUAAGGGGCGAGAGAAAAGCACGGAGUCUAUUGGGACAGAAGCCAUAGCUGUUCAAAAUACAGAAGAACACUCAAGAAUGAAAAUGGAGAGCAGACUAGAUUCUGUGAAGGGUAUAGAUAAAUCCCUGCUUGCUCGUGUCGUCAGAAGCCCUAUUGCUGUUUGGGUGUCUUGUGGGGAGCCUUUUCUGCCUCUAAAUGCUCCAUGGAAAUCAGAAAAAUUAAAGAAACAAAACUGGCUGAAGAGGGACAAAAUUUUGGCUGAUUUGGACACCAUGAAACACAAGAUGCGACAGUUGAAAGGGCGGCGAAUAGCAGCAUGUCAGCCAGCUACGAUGGUUCCCACGCAAAGCCCUCUGCAGCCAGUGGUGGUUGAAGGAGGCUGGACUGAGCAGACUCAAGAGGAAAGGAAGCUCAUGGAACUGAUAAGACAGACAGAGGCACACCUUUCUGAAGGCCAAGAACUGCUGCCGUCCAGACUCUCUGUGAUGGAAGGUCAAUGUAAAGUAGAAAGGCAGCACAACCUAUACCAGGCUCCCCGAGUGAAACGAGUGUGGGCUUACCAGAAUGGAGGCAGACGUGUCGACGGCACUUAUGUCUGGGCCAGUGCUUUGUCAGAGUUGCUGGAUGAUUGCACUGCUCGUCUGAAAAUGUCCCACCCAGCCAAAAUCCUUUAUACCUCAAAUGGGGAGCUCAUUCAGUCAUGGGAUGACAUAGAGAGGGGUAUGGCUGUCUGCGUGUCUGCAGGACAUGGUUUUGUAACCUCAAAAGAAAAAAAGCAAAUGAUGGAAGUGAAAGCAAAUUAUGUCCGGAUCCUAAGGCAGCAAGGCCCUGAGGCAACAGACAUUGUGGUGUCACCAUCCAUGAACCUACUGUCACUCCUGCAGCUUCCCAGAUGAUUUCAAUCAGAACCUCAUAUCUUGUGCUGGAUUUUAUUCAUAAAGCUGAGUGUUCAUUCUCAAAUGCUCCUGUCAUAUCCUACGCCAUGAUAAGUCUCUAUCCAUCUUAACUUGUACACAGCCUCUCUUGUACUCUGCAUUGGGAUUUGAACCUAGUAGUUGACCAUAUAGUGAGCACUGUGCCUGUGAGCUAUGCCUCCAGCUCCCUCAAACAAACACUUUUAAAGAUCAUUAGCUUCCACAUUUUAUGUGAAGUAACAUUGGAUUCCUCGUGCCUGUUCCUGGAAAGGCAACAAAACCAGACAAAUAAUACAAAUGAGACGAUCAUCCUAGGUGAACUUUCUUCGAGAAAAUAAAAACACAAACUGCUAGCUAUUGAAAAGUAACUUAAAGGAACAUGUGUGUGUAUAUAUAUACACACACACACACACGAGAGAGAGAGAGAGAGAGAGAGAGAG